CAUUUUGCUCCUUCUGGGUCAUGUCAUUUGCUCCUAGCUUUAAACUGUAUUAACCCCCCCCCCUCCUUCCUCAGUUUCCAUUUGCAGAUAUGAAAAUUGGGGCUGGGAGUAAUUUGCCCAGCCUCGUGGGUUGGUUGGUUGUUCCUUCCAGGCCCAGCCCACCUCACUUUCUAGUUUCUAUGAACCAGCCCUCCUGACUUCAACCCGCUGUGGGAUGGGGCUGCUUCUCUCCCUGUAGAGCCCUCCCCGAGGAAGUGUCCCUGGCCCCCAGCAUCAGCAGACCUCUUCCGAACGGCUGCUAAGUCUCUCUGGGAAAGGUCAUCUCCAUCUAGCGUCCAUUCUUUCAGGUGGGCCAACGCUUAUUGUGAAGAAAGGCCCUGGGAAAAGCUCAGAGGGCGGUGGACCUCCUUAGCCCCUGUGGACUCUUGCUGGGUCCUUUCUGCUCCCACCGGGAACUUCUCUGUGACAGACCCAGAGGAUGACUCUGUCCCUGCAUCCUGACCCGCCUGCUAACCUCUUUUCCCAAAGAGGAGCCCCACCUCCUCGGAACAAGGGGCUGGCCUGUGCUAUUUCUGUCCUUUCUGGGACUCUUCCGACAGCAGAUUCUUGUUUUCAGUCUGAUUCAGAUGUGAAACUUUUCCCGUGGCCUCUCACCCAGAUCCCGUAGACCUCCUCAUCCCUUCUUCCUCUGGCCAGGCCCCUCCACUUCACCGUCCCAAAGUAUUCUCUGGUCAGCCACUCUGUUCUGCUGGGACCUGGAAGACGAAGUUGGGGGGUUCACAAGGGAGUUGUUCCCUCGUAGGGAGCCAGAGUCCCUGGGGUCAGCGUUUUGGUACUCUAAAGUAGGAAACUUUGAUUUCCAUGGCAAACCCUGUUCCUGUUCAGAGGAGCCAUCUCCAGGGCCCCAUCCUCAGGCUGCGCUACAUGGUGAAGCAGUUGGAGAAUGGGGACGUAAACAUCGAGGAGCUGAAGAAAAACCUGGAAUACACAGCUUCCCUGCUGGAGGCUGUCUACAUUGAUGAGACUCGGCAAAUCUUGGACACAGAGGAUGAGCUGCAGGAGCUUCGGUCCGAUGCUGUGCCCUCAGAGGUGCGGGACUGGCUGGCCUCUACCUUCACCCAGCAGACCCGAGCCAAAGGUCGCCGAGCGGAGGAGAAGCCCAAGUUCCGAAGCAUCGUGCAUGCUGUGCAGGCUGGCAUUUUUGUAGAACGGAUGUUCCGGAGAACAUAUACCUCUGUGGGCCCCACCUAUUCCACUGCCGUCCACAACUGUCUCAAGAACCUGGACCUCUGGUGCUUUGAUGUCUUUUCCUUGAACCGGGCAGCAGAUGACCACGCCCUGAGGACCAUUGUGUUCGAGUUGCUGACCCGACAUAACCUCAUCAGUCGCUUCAAGAUUCCUACUGUGUUUUUGAUGAGUUUCCUGGAGGCCUUGGAGACAGGCUAUGGGAAGUACAAGAACCCUUACCACAACCAGAUCCACGCAGCUGAUGUCACCCAGACAGUCCACUGCUUCCUGCUCCGCACGGGCAUGGUGCACUGCCUGUCGGAGAUUGAGGUCUUGGCUAUCAUUUUUGCGGCGGCCAUCCAUGACUAUGAGCACACCGGCACUACCAACAGUUUCCAUAUCCAGACCAAGUCUGAAUGUGCCAUCCUGUACAAUGACCGCUCGGUGCUGGAGAACCACCACAUCAGCUCUGUUUUCCGAAUGAUGCAGGACGAUGAGAUGAACAUUUUUAUCAACCUCACCAAGGAUGAAUUUGUAGAGCUGCGGGCCCUGGUCAUUGAGAUGGUGUUGGCCACAGACAUGUCCUGCCAUUUCCAGCAAGUGAAGUCCAUGAAGACGGCCUUGCAACAGCUAGAGAGGAUUGACAAGUCCAAGGCUCUGUCUCUUUUGCUCCAUGCUGCUGACAUCAGCCACCCAACCAAGCAGUGGGCGGUCCACAGCCGCUGGACCAAGUCCCUUAUGGAGGAGUUCUUCCGCCAGGGUGACAAGGAGGCAGAGCUGGGCCUGCCAUUUUCUCCACUCUGUGAUCGUACCUCCACGCUGGUGGCUCAGUCCCAGAUAGGUUUCAUUGACUUCAUUGUGGAGCCCACAUUCUCUGUGCUGACUGAUGUGGCUGAGAAGAGUGUUCAACCUCUGGUGGACGAUGACUCCAAGGCUAAAAGCCAGCCCAGCUUCCAGUGGCGCCAGCCUUCUCUAGAUGUGGACGUGGGAGACCCCAACCCCGAUGUGGUUAGUUUCCGCUCCACCUGGACCAAGUACAUUCAGGAGAACAAACAGAAGUGGAAGGAACGGGCAGCAAGUGGCAUCACCAACCAGAUGUCCAUUGAUGAGCUUUCCCCCUGUGAGGAAGAGACCCCACCCUCCCCUGCAGAAGACGAGCACAACCAGAAUGGGAAUCUGGACUAGCUGGGGCUGGCCAGGUCCUCACUGAGCCCAAAGUGUUCGAUGUCAUUAGCACCAUUCAUCAGGACUGGCUCCCCCAUCUGCUCCAAGGGAGUAUGGAGGUCUUGGGAGGAAUAGCCCACAUGAAGGCCAAAUGCCAGAGCUGGUGGGGUGGGGGGAAGGGCCCCUCCCCACCUGAAACUCAUUGGGGCACAAGCCUGGGGAACCUCAGGGCCCCAUUGGUCACUGUGCCCACCCCCUGCCUCUGGUUCCUCUCCUGGCCAGGUGGCUACCUGGGAGGGGUUACUCACUGGAGGCUUCCCAGGGCCUGGAGGGGAGGGUCAGAGAUGCCAGCCCCCUGGGCCCUCUCCCUUCUUCUUGCCUCCAACUUUCAAAGCAAUACAUUUUGGGGGUUCCCUCAGCCCCCUACCCCAGAUCUUAGCUGGCAGGUCUGGGUUCUCCUCCUCCCCCAGGGAAGAGCUGGAACAGGCUAGGAAGCUGGAGGUUUCCAAAGCCCAGUGUGUGAGGGGUGUUCCUUCAGGGCAGGGUACUGUUCUAUGACAGGGGAGGGGAGGGAUUCCUCUUGACCCCAAACUUGCACUGCUUUAGCCUUGCCCCCAGCCCACCCCUGCCGUUCCCCCAACUCUGGGCUGAGGGGGUCCUUUCCUGAGGUCCUCAAGAACUUGGGGCUGGUCUGGGCUCCUGGGGCUUGUCACCUGCCCUGGCUGAGUCUCCAGCCCUUUGCCUCCUUCCUGUCCUGGGACCAGGAGGCUCCCAUCCGACCAAUGUCUGUAGAAGCUUUGAGGUCUUCCCAGCAAAGCACCUUCAGGUUGUGUCUUAUGAACACAGGAGGGAGAGUGCAGCUGGGGGGCCAGGUGCAUGGCAGGGGUGAGGUGGGACGAAGUAAUCCCUGUUGCUACAGAGUCCCUCCUGCUUCCUAUCCCCCAGAACUGGCCUAGUUGCAGGCACCAAGAGAUCGGCUCCCCUGGGACCCUAGCAGGUGGAAAGCAGUUGGGGGAGGGGAGCAGGACUGCCACAACCUUGACCACUGGAGAGACCCAGCCAGGAGGUGUCCCCUCCGGUCCUCAGGCUCCUUGCCCCUGGGAAGACUAAGGCCAGGUGACUGUCCUCCUCCUUCCUUGUAAAUACCAGCCAUGCAUUUGUACAGUGAGCCCCAUUCUUGUGAAGUCCAUCUCCAUGGUCUUUUAGACCUGCUGCCCUGAACCGCAUGUUACUCCCCUUGGUCUCCCAGGCCCCUGCUAUAGCCAGAGAUCAAUAAAGAAGGGAGACUAGC